CUGGUAGCUUGCUGCGAUGGGCCUCCACCUUGAGGCCAUCCAACUCUUGGGGAUUCCGCCAUGUUCUACGGCCCUCAUGGGUUCCCGACUCGCCCUUGACGCGUGCGUCCCCGCAACAUGUCAGCGGCCCAAAGCAGCAAUUUCACCCAACCGAGCCGGAAGCGCCGUGAUGCCGUCGCAGAUGGACACAGUGGCGGGCGAUCCCCGCCCACAGGCGGAUCAGCUUGAUGAGCUUCCAGCUCGUGUCCAGCUCAUGGACUCUGUGGUCCAGAAGCACCGCCGAGCGUUGAUCAAGGACAAGAUGAGGGUGAUGGAAUUCCUCGAGGAGAAUGGCUUCGAAUCAAGUAAUGUGAACAGCAGGAAGCAGAAAUGGAAGAUCUUCUCAACCUAUCCUUUGCACGAGGCCGUGAAACAGGGCAAUCACCAGAUGGUCGACUUGCUCUUGAAGUUUGGCGCCAAUGUGCAUACCACGGACUACCGCUGGCGCAGCGCCUUUGCUUUGGCCCAGCAAAAGCAAGAUCGAGCUGCGAUGGAGGUCUUCCAAAGGAGGGGACUCUCUCCGUCAUCUCCCUAUUUUCGUGCGGGCAACAAGAUGAAAUGCUCUCCAUCUCCCAUUGGUUGGGAAGAGUUCUUCGCGAAGAUUGAGAAGGACCCCAUCCUGCAGCGCUGAGGAUGACGCGCGCGCAAGACCCCCACUGCUCAGAGCCGUUCCGCUGAAAACGCGCGGAGCAUUUAUUUAAGGGAUGAUCGGUCACAGCAACCUCGAAUCUCGGAAGAUGCAUGGCC